AUGGCACCAGUAAUAUGGGGACUGGAUCUUGGAGAGCUUCAAUGGGGAAAGUUUAGCAGCAAGUAUAUGUUCGGGAACAGAGACUACCAUCUGCGACGAACGAAAUUGGCGGUCUAUCAAUGCGCCUUGAUCUUCUGUGUAAUAUCCGAGUCCUUGGGCACGGCUGCGUUGUCGGAUUACAUCUCCAUCCAGCGCCACGUUCAGACAUAUUUCCGCGCACCCACCGGUCCUUAUCCUGACCUCUAUUUUCACAACAACGAUUACGUCGCAGCUGGAUCUUACAACAUCUGGGCCGGCGUCUUCGUUGCUUUCAUCUUCGGCGCGGCAUUCUUCUUCGACCUGAUCUGGCCCGAACGCUACGAGAACAAGAGUGUGCGCGUGGCUUGGAAGGUUACUGGAGUCCUUGCAGUGAUGUUCCACCUUGCUUCUGCGAUCCUCUUAACGAUCGUCACAAUAACUCAUCGCAGUUAUUGCUCUGGCGUCGAUGCAGCGACUUGCGAGAGCUUUGUGGCGACAAGCAAGAAGGCUAAAGAGGCACCCAUGGUGUACGGGAAGAAUGGACGCGCAGUCGCAGCCGUGGUCUUUGUCUGGCUUGGAUGGCUGAGUGUGCUUGCCAGUUGUAUAUUAUUAUUUGCUGGUAUCAAGAAUACCGAGUAUGGCCUCGGACCCAAGUCAGCACAUGCGGAGGGCAGGGAGCGAGCCCACUGGAGGGCUAACCACGACCCGAAUGCGGAGCAGGAUCCAGAGAUGGCUAUGAGCAAGAAGUCGAGAUCGAGCAGUUCUGCACCUGGACAUGAUACUCCCACUCCAGCGCCUGUCCAUGCAGCUCGAGAUGGCACGGCCGAUAGCCCAUACACUGCACAGGCGACCGAGAUCCCAACUGAUCAAUACACCGGAGUCUGA